CCAACUUUUAGAAUUCCUAAUGCAAAGCCGAAAUUGAGAAACUACCCGUUAAGCCCAUAGACAUAAUAAGUAAUAAGUCUAUGGUUAAGCCAUAUGACAUGAUACAAAAUAAAAUUUAUCUGAGAAAAAAAAACUGAAAAAAUUCACUCAUAUGUUCGGUGCUUACCGUGUUUCAAUGAGAAAGUUUGACAAACGAACGUUAUAUUCCAAACAGACACUUUAUCCACCUUUACAAGCCAAGGGAACUUUCAAGAUUACGUGCAGAAAUGCCAACGAAUGUUUAAUAACUGAGAAGGGGUUGUGAAACACCUUAAACCUCCACAAAUGUAUAAAAUUUUGCAUGUCCUCCCGACUCUAUAUACCUAGAAUGAACCUAUCCAACUGCUCAAACGCAAACUAGCCAAUGAAAGAUGUGGGUACCACUUCCGAAGAACAACAGAAGGUUUUAUUGUGGCUAUUUGAAAACCUUUUCUCCGGAAAGAGUAGAUAUAGUGAUAGAACAAAAAUGUCUUUCUUCGAUGGAAAAUUAUCUCUGAAAAGUGCAUGGUCAGAUUUGUGUGAAACCAUUUUGGAAUCGAUCAAGAAAAAAGGACAACGGCGUGAGGAUUUUUUCAAGGCGGUUAGUGAAUAUGACUAUCGAAAAUUAUCGGAAUUCAUCAAAUGCAUGGGGACCCCUGACAUCCCUAAUGAAGCAGGAGAAACUCCUCUUCAUUUGGCUUCCAUUGAUGGAUGUUCAUUCGAGAGGGACCAACACAUGACGAGGUUUUUGAUUGAAAAUGGUGCAGAUUUUUUGUUGUACUGCCGAAACUCUAGCAGUACACCGGCGGCAUACAUAUUCCAGUAUGAAGAUCAGACAAUUAUCGACAUUUUACUUUCGAAAAUGGAAAACGUCAACGAACCCUUAGAUGUAUAUAAGAACACUGCCUUACAUAUUUCGGUCAAAAUAGGAAAUAUAACAACAGUACUUAAGUUAUUGAAAAAGGGGGCAGAUCCAAACCAGAGGAAUGUUUGGCGUAAGGCGCCAAUGCACGAAGCAAUCAGCUCCAGAGGUGGCGAAGAUAUUCUUGAUAUCCUGGUUCAUUAUGGUGGAGACGUAAACAUCAGAGGGCAACUAGGAAUGAGACCACUGCACCUGGUUGCUUUGUCCAAGGACGGAGCCAUGUUGGACAACGUUUUGAGAUUUAAGCCGGAUGUGAAUGCAAGAGACGAGAACAGGAACACACCCUUGGCUCUCUUCUUGAUGGACAAGGAGAAUCUCGAAACGGUGGAAAUUUAUAAAUAUAUUCAGGCUGGUGCGGAUUUAACCCUGUUGGAUCAACGAGGAAUGAACGUCCUACACCGCCUCGUACGAUGUUCCUCUGUCCCAAAUAUGGAGGAACUCGUUACAGAUUUAAUAGAUUGGGGACUGAAUAUAGAUGCUAAAACUUCUGGAGAUCAGAACACCGCUCUCCAUUUGGCGGCGCAAACGAGUAAAAAAAUAGUGGUACACAUUCUAUUAUCGAAUGGAGCGGAUUUAUACGUCCAGAAUAGCAGAGGGCGGACUGCAUUGGACAAUGCGAUUUUCGCAGAAAGGUUGGAUGUUAUUGAAGUAAUUUUUUCAUUCGCCGUCCAACGCCAUAUACCGAUGGACAACCUGAUGCUGGAUUAUCACAGGACGACCCACAUCUUCGAAAGUGUAUCUCUAAUUUAUAACAGAUGUAUGGCAGAAUUUCAACGGUGCCAAACCAUGGAGAUACGUUGUACAUAUCCAAGAAUACGAUACAGCAACCUGCUUUCUCUCAGCGACAAAAAGUUUGCUGGACUUCUCAGAAACAAGGAGCUGCUAGAGGAAUUGGAGAGAAACAUCGAUAAUUUCUCAUCCUUCAAUUACAGCUUCAGGAGGGUUCUGCAAAAAGCUAAGGUUCGAAGAGAUGCUGAAGAUGCUGCAGUUAUUUUUCUCCAGAUGGUUUGGGAUUACAGGCUGCCCGUUCUUUGCAUAGAGGAAAUUGUUAGUUUGCUGAGCACUAAGGAGUUGAUGCCCUACACAUUCUUGUAAAUUAUUGCCCAAUCAUUGCGUAUAUGUACCCAAUGUUAUAUUUAUUGUUACUUUUUAUAUUUAUACAUUUUAUUAGGAUUUAUUUUCAAUUUUAAUAUACUUAUGGAUGACAUGAUUUAAAGUGUGAAUGGUAGAUUAAAUAUUUAUGAUAUUUAUAACUGUACAGUGAAUUUUUAUAUACCAUAAUCUAGGUAAUUAUCAAUUAUAAGUAUAUGUAUAUUUCAUAUGGAAUAAAAUGAGACUUUUUUA